AUGGAUAAAUUGAAGAAAGCAAAGAACGCCCUCACCGGCCAGGCCUCGGCCAACCAAAACGCCCAACCCGGCAAGAGCAACAGCACCAAGGACACUCUCAUCGACUCUGGAGUUGAUCAGGAAGCUCAGAAGAAAGGCAUCCCCAGCGGUGCUGACCCGAUGAUCAACAACGUCGUGAACGACGCAGUCAAUAAGUUUUAG